AUGCGUGCUUCGGUGGUCGCCACUCUGUACCCGGCUGAAAGAAAUGUAACUCGAGAGUCAUCAUAUCCGCAUUAUACGACGGUGCUGAACCUCGCGGGUAUCGAAUUUCCGAUUACGUUCAAAGGCAUUCCGAAAUUCGAACGGUUGAACGCGGCGUCGAUCAAUGUAUACGGCAUCGAGAAUAAACAAGUCCUUCCUCUGCAGCUCACCAGUGACAGGAAGGACAAGCAUCAAUCUCCUGUACAUGCAAGAUCUACGCGACGAUGGUGUGCCACUUUGCGUGGAUCAAGAACAUGUCGCGUUCUCGUGAGUUCGCAACUAAGCAAAAAAGAGCACAAGAAAUAUUUCUGCGAUCGAUGCUUGCAUUACUUCAGCACGAAUGAGAAAUUGCAGUCGCACACAAUGGACUGCCAGAAAAUCAACGAUUGCGCUAUUCGACUGCCGAGCGAGGACGAAAAGUGGCUCGAAUUUGAGAACCUCUGCAACAAGGAGCACGUCCCAUCCGUCGUCUACGCUGACUUGGAGUGCGUUUUAAGAAGACGGAACCCGACAAAGAAGAUGCGUCAUCGUAUGCGUAUCAACGGCAUGAGUACAAGUCUCGAUAAAUUAGCGUCGUAUCUCGAUAAAAACAAAUUAAAAAUUAUACGUUCAAAAUUUUCAACGCUAUCGGAUGAUGAAUUUGAAUUACUGACUCGUAAAGGUGUCUUUCCGUACGAGUACGUUGACUGUGCCGAAAAAUUGCAGGACACGCGCUUACCACCGCGCAAAUCUUUUUACAGUUCGUUAACGGGCGAUAUCGUAUCCGAGAGCGUUUACGCUCACGCGGCGAAUGUAUGGCAGCAAUUCUCCAUCCGAACGCUCAGCGAGUACAGUGAUCUGUACUUGAAAAUUGAUGUCUUGUUAUUAGGUGACAUUUUCGAAAAUUUCCGCGAAAGUUGCGUCGCGAGUUACGGUCUAGAUCUUGCAUAUUAUUACACCUUGCCUGGUUUCACGUGGGACGCGAUGUUAAAACAUACGGGUGUAAAGUUUGAGUUGCUCACUGAUAUUGACAUGAUCAUGUUCAUAGAACGCGGUAUACGCGGUGGUCUCAGUCAAUGUUCAGGUGAGCGAUGUGUCAACCAUUGCCAUACGCCAAAUUUCGAAGACGCUGCGAACUUUGACGCGAGCGCGAUCGCUCUGGAUUCGCUUACCGGUUACAUUCUCGAACUCGAUCUCGAGUAUCCGCAGCAUAUACACGAUCGACACACUGACCUACCGUUCUGUCCGACGCGCGAUAAGUCGCCCGGCAAGCGCGAACAUAAACUUUUAGCGACGCUGUACGAUAAACAGCGUUACGUCAUCCACUACCGCAACCUGCAGCAAUGUACUCGUCACGGUCUUCGCGUAACAAAGAUCCAUCGGGUGCUACAAUUCGCGCAAUCUGCAUGGCUUCGCGAUUACAUUGAACUUAAUACAAAUUUCAGAUCGCGCGCGAAAAACGAUUUCGAAAAGAAUUUGUAUAAAUUAAUGAACAACGCGGUAUUCGGUAAAACUAUGGAGAAUGUGCGCAACCACGUUGAUGUAAAAUUAUUAACAAAAUGGGAUGGACGACAGCUUUACUGCGUCGAGUGCGAGGACGUUUACGAGACUAUGAAACGCGAUAUCGCUAGAUUCGACACGAGCGAUUAUCCGACGGACAACGCGUACGGUAUGCCUCUCGCGAACCAAAAAGUACCCAGUCUGAUGAAGGACGAAAAUAACGGUGCGAUAACCGAAUUUGGUCUCAGAGCGAAGAUGUACGCUGUGAGGGUGAACGGCAAGAAGGACACUAAAAAGGUGAAAGGCGUAAAGAAUAACGUCGUAGCGCAAACUAUAACGUUCGACGAUUACACUCGAUGUUUGAACGAAGAGAUCGGAAUGACUCGUCGUCAAUCGUGUAUACGAUCUAAACUGCACGAGGUAUACACGAUAUCCGAAUCGAAAAUCGCUCGGAGUCCAUACGAUGACAAACGAUACGUCGUACCGAAUUCGACGGAGACGUUACCGUGGGGACAUUGGCGGAUACCUAUGUAA